UCGGAAACGGAAGUAAACUCAAGCGUGCGUGAAGAAAGAAAAAAAAAAAGAGUCCGGCGUCUUUUCUAGACAAUUUGUUGGGGUUUUAUAUUUAACAUUACAAAUUAUGCAGUUCAAACAAAAAUUAAUGAUUUAACCAGUUAAAUCUAAGGAUUGAAUUAUUCACGGUAAACAAGGGUAGAUAACUUGUAGAUUACUUGAAUCAUUCUCCUUAGAUUCAAUUGAACUUCAAGAUAAAACAUAUUCAGCUCUAAAAACCAAGAACAAUAAAGCUGAGCUAGAGCUAGCUAAAUUAAAUAACCAAGAAAGUAUAUCUAUCACGGUCAACAUGGAUGCUUAUGGUGGAUAUGGAAAUCUUGGCAAAAACAAAAUGGAGGAUAAUGGCCAACAUCAACAGUUUUAUCAGCCUUCAGCAAAGAAAAUGAAAGUAGAGUAUAGUGGCGAUGGUGGAGUAUGGCAGCAACCGGAAGGUUACGGUAAUUAUAAUUCCUAUUAUGAUACUGGUGUAUAUGGUGCUGACACAAUACAACCACAAAAUCAGCAGCCAAUCAGUCGACAAACUCCUGCCACCAGCUAUGGUCAGUCAGGUUACGAUACCAGUAGCUAUGAUAAUACAGGUAGCUACGGUGGUGCCAGUAGCUAUGGUACCAGUAACUAUGACACCAGUAACUAUGACACCACCAGUUACGAUAACAGUAGUAAUUAUAGCUAUGGAGCCUAUACUAGUUACUACAAGUCAGAGACACAGCCUGCUCAACAACCAUCACACCAAGCUACAUAUGAAUGUCCAUUGUAUGAUAAAUCUAAUACCAGUAGCUGGUUUGGUAACGGUAACCAACAGCAGCAGACACAGCCACAAAGCACGCAGUCCUUGAAACCUAGUGGAGGCAUGCGGCAAGGAUCUGGAAAUGGGUUCAGUAGAGGAGGUCAAGUUCAGAGCAGAAGUAGCAUGUCUAGAGGCGGACAAGCCAUGCGCGGAAACCGAGGUUCAACUAAUUCUAACAAUAGUUCAAGUUUCCGAGGAACUGGUAAUGGAAGCAGGGGUUAUAACAACAGUAGUCCCAGUAAUAGAGGAAGAGGUGGAGAAAUUGGUAGAUUUUCUGGGAUGACAAGUAGAGGUGCUGGAGGUGGGCCUCGUGGACGAGGAGGACCUGGUGCUGGAGGGAAUGCAACAAGAGGGUCUGGAUCAUCCAUGAGAGGGGGAUCACGUGGUGGUGGUGGAAGAGGAGGCAGUAGAGGAGGAGGUGUUGGAACUCCUGCAAACAGUGCUGGUGGUGCAAAGAAGAAAUGGGAAACAUUACCAGGCGGUCAGACACGCCCCAUUGAUAACAAGGCUCAGCCUGCUGCCACUGUACACAAAACACCCAAACCAGAACCAAUCGAUGCCACAAAAUUACCGCUACCAGAAAAAAUUCGGCGACUUUCAAUGUUUUUACGAGGUGAAAAGAGAGAAAUCAAUGAAAUUAUGUUAUUUGAGAAUUCUCUGAUGAGUUGUAAGGUUGGAAUUAGACCAGAUUUUUUGAUUGACGACAUGGUACAAGGGAAGAACGGUUCCUUUUUCACUGGCCGACUUAAUUUGGAUGGUGUGUUCCUAGCCAGAGCUAUCGGCAGCAACAAGAAAGGAAUCAAAUUGUCAUGUUUCAAGAAGGCGGUGGAACUUUGUCGUACCCUUCCCGUCUCUGAUAUUAUGUCCCAGACAGAUUUGACUCCAGAAGUCAUCAAGGAGAAACUGGAGAAUCUUAACUCAACCGUUGCUAAGGUGGAGAAAGAAACUAUUGCAGAGUUACCAACACCAGCCAUUUUGAAACAGAUCCAAGAUAUUUUAACCAAUCCUAAAUAUGCUUCAACCAAUUCAAUCAGCAAAAUGGAAUUAGCGGCCUCUGUGGCUAAAUGUCGAGUCCGCUGUCGAUAUGAUGUAGAGAGCUGUAAAGCUGAAUCGGGGAAAGUUUAUCAUAAGGGCAUGUACUUUAUUGACAACAUACUCCAAGGUGCUGGUGUUUCCGUUUCCAAAAAAACUGCCAAGUCAUUGUGUUAUAAUAUGGUGGUUGAACGACUGACCACCAUGAAUGUUGAACAUGGCGAUAUCUUAGAUGGUGUCAAACAGUCUGUCAUAGCAGAAGCAGAAGCACAGGUUCAGAGCACUUUGGUAAAGGCAGCACCAAAACCUAGGGCAUUUGACCUCCGUGAAAAGUUCGUAAAAAUGAACGAACUUAUCAGUGCUGCGGAUCCUGCAUCUAACAUUAUUACUGUCCUGGAUGGAAUUUUCAAUGAAGUAAAAUUGACGCCCAUAUGUCUGUACCGUCGUAGCAUGAACACAGAAAUAGAAAAGGAGAAGAUUUUCUGUAACCUCUAUCUAGCUGGUCGUCUCAUCAUCAUUGGUGAAGCAGAGAACCGAACAGAUGCCCAAGCAGACGCUUACUCCAAAGCCCGAGAGGUUUUGACGAACUCUGACCCCGAGUUCAUCCUUACCCAACACAGUAAACUUCAACCACACGACCAAGCGGCACCAGAUGUUAUUGACUUUCGCGUCAAGGGCAACUGCAUUUUGAAAGAUAACUGUACAAAUCUCCAUCGCUUACAACGGACCCGGCAACCUAUAUCAACACUACCCGCCAAGGAUAUCGUCGUCUUUGAGCACGUCAGUUGGAAAGUAGAUCGUAAAGUUCAAGGUUUCUGUAUUUUACAACAUUCAUGUUUUGUCAACAACAUGUUGUUGGAAUGGGAAUUUUUCGACAAUGAUGAUCUUGUAUUCAGAUGUCAGAUGAAGAUACAGAAGGAAGAUGUUGGAACCGAACCUGCAUCGUCUGUUAGUAAGAUAGGCUCCAGAAAUUUAGCAGCAGCUGAUAUCUUGUUUAAGCUCUACGAAACACAACCAGUCAUAGAGGUUUCCGCUUACACUAAACCCGAUCAAGUGACAGAAUCUGUCAGUUUUGAUACGUUGCUUAAAGAAGCGGAGGUGUUGAAAAAAGCUGCCGAGGAUGCGGGAGAAAACGUUACAGCUACUACAGCUGAGGGAACUGAUAAACCUACUGAAGAACCAGCCACAGAAGCUACUGAAACUAAGACAGGUAACACAGAUGUUGAAAUGAAGGAAGAAGUAACAGAUCUACAGACUAAGAAGAAAUCUCCUAGAAAACCACAUUACCGUCAUGCCGAUAGAUUUAUUUUAAAAGCUGCCCAGGCACGACUAGACGAAUUCAUAAAAGUUAAAACGCUGAAGGAUCUACUGUUCGGACCUGCUUUCCCUCAUCAUAUCACACGCCAGAUUAACGGCUUACUGCGUAACCUCCCCGUUCCAGUUCGCUUUAUGGUUCGUUCCAUUAGAAAUCAGAUGUACACCAUUGUAACACAAAGUAUGUCACCAAUCGAAAUUGUCGCAUUUCUCAAAGCCAAUGGUGGACAGUCUGGUCGCUUCCGUUUAGUCGAAAAAUCAGAACUUCCGACACAUAAUGACAUUUUACCAGAACUUAAAAGUGGGGAAAUAAAACCCAAGAAAGACAAGAGCGGAGUGGACAACUUUUUUGAAGAUGUCUCUCUCGAACGAACGGAAGAUUUCCACACAGCUAUGUCACUAGGGGACAACAGUGCUUAUGCUGCUAAUUUUGCUGAGACAACUGAGUCCGAUGAAUCGAUGGUGACACCGAAAAAAGAGAAUUUCCAGUCAAACAGCGGUCAGCCAAAUACUUCACUUAAGGGUAAUACCAGCACCCCAAUUCAGGGUGGUUCGGCCAAGAAAAACGCUAAAAAGAAAUAACUUUAAAUUAAGAUACAAGACCAUUUGUUUUUCCAUUUUGAUCAAAGCUAAAUGAGUGUUUUACAGAUUUUCAUCAUAUUAUUUUGGACUAAGUCCCUUAUAUCAAUUUAUUUUUCAUCAUAUGUGAAUAUUUCAAUUCAUGUUUGUAACUUUUGUUAUUUUUUGGUCAGUAUCGUACUGUUGUUCAAAUUGGUCCAAUACCAGAAAAUGCAGUGUUCACCAGGGCAUUUUUUAAGUUUUAGGCUACUGAGCCAGUUUUCUAAAAGGUAACCUUUUCUGUGGUUCCAAUAUCAGAUUUGAGAAACUGUGAUGUAAAUGUAAUUUAAUAUUAAAAUCAUCUAUCAAUUAGUUUCAGCAUGCAAGUGUAAUUUACUAUUCACUAUCCAGGUGGUGAAGACAGUUGUUUUAGUUCUGUGUCCUAUUAAAUGUACAUUACACGUAGAUAAUUUUGUGUAAAUUGACACAUGUAGUUAAUCUCUUUUGUGUCACAUUUGUCCACACAAGUAGCAUUUUACUUUGUCAUACUGUAUGUUGAAAACUUUGUUAUAAUGGGCUUGGAUAUUAUGGGCUUUUAUUUACAACUCUGGAUUAUUGGGGGUGAGUGGUCUAGUGGUUAAACGUGUGCGCGUGAAAUCACAAGAUCUGUCAUUGAGUCAAGUGGCGUGGUUUCGAUUCCCCACUUGUACAUGACGAGGAGUAUGGUUGUCUGUCCAAUCUCAUUAGUUUUCUAUAGGUCCUCCAGUUUCCUCCCUCUGAACCAUAUGUUAGUCCCAAAAUAACCUGGUGUAUGUCGAGUGGAUGUUAAACCCCAUUUCUUUCCUCUAUGGAUUAUUGAUGCAGUGAUAUAACUUCUGUCUGAGAGCACUAGUAGAGGAGUGGAUUUGCGAGAACUAUAAAGUGAAAGAUUCUUGAAUAUUUUUGUUUAAAAUACAGAAAAAUACCUAAAACCAUUUGUUAAAAUGGUAUUUAUUAGUUGAACUAUAUAUACAAUUGGAAUACAAUUACUGUUGAUUAAAUAUAAACAUUUCAAAUAGUCCUUAGAGAGCAAAUGAUAAACGACCACAAAGAUCAAGUAAAAAUAACACCCCCUACCACCAUCCAAAAAAAACCUCUAAAAUAUACAACUCGGACUAACACUUGUUAAAGAUACAUUAUUCAAGAGCUAAAUUUGUCCAUUGCAGGUCUUGAGGCCUUAAAUGUUAUAUAAAUUAUUAAUUAGACAUUUAUUAACAUAAGACCAUAACAAACUGUUGAUGCCAUCAGAUGCUCAAGAUUUCAACUAGAGUAGAACAGUUCAGCCAUUUAAUGGUUUAAUUUAAAAAUUGAGGAGCAAGUCUAAUUCUCGAAUAUACCAGUACUGUGGUUACGAUAAUGCACACAUCUUGUCAAAAUUACAAUGAUAACUCAGAAAAAAGUAAUUUGAAUGAAAUUUUCAAUGUAUUCACUUUGCAUUAUCUAUUUUUGAACUAUAACAUAAUGUAUCUUUAAUAAACAGUAAUUGUAUUCCAUAGUGUAAAAUUUGUCAAUUGUGUUUAUCCUAAAUGUUAGAACUGGAACAUGUCUGUUUCAAUUUGAAGAAACUUAGGAUAAAAAUUGUUGUUUUUUUCAAUCAGUCAUCAUGUAGUGUUUCAAAGCUUCUUAGUUUUUAAAAAUUGAGUUUUGAUUCCUGUGCUGUUAGUAAAACAUGAAUUUUAUGUGUUUGCUUUUUACUAAGUAAAUAUUUUAAAUAAGAAAUGUUAUAGUAAUGAUAUAGCAUGUGUUAUACAAAUGUGCUGCUAAUAAAAGUUUAUAAAACUA